UGCAGCUUGUGGGAAAGAGUGCGAUGAAUUCAAUGGCGUUCCUUCAAUGAGACUGUACUUGUUUAAUUCCAUAGCCCUCACUGGGGAAAGAGAACCGACACUUUUCCACCUCGUGUGAACAGUACAAUGUAGAGGAGAUAUCGUUCACAAGGAAAUAAAAAGUAACAAUGGGCUGUAACUGCAGCACAGACUAUGAUGACGACAACUGGAUCGAAGACAUGUGUGAGCAAUGCAAACUGGAAUAUGAACGAGAGCAGAAGCAGUAUCAGCAACAAAACUACCCAGAGAUACGAGAUCCCUUGGUGUCCUAUGAUCAACGAUCUCCACCAUCUUCUCCCUUUCCGGCUGAUGAUAUAUUUGUUGCCUUGUACAACUAUGAGCGAACUCAUCAUGAUGACCUGGAGUUCAAGAAAGGCGACCAGAUAAAGGUGAUUCAACGGGAGGGGGAAUGGUGGAAAGCCCAGUCUCUGGUUACUGGACAGGAAGGAUACAUCCCGUACAACUUUGUGGCUCAAGCACACACACUGGAGGUUGAAUCAUGGUUCUUCCAGGGUCUGGGCCGGAAGGAGGCUGAACGACAGCUUCUGGCCGUUGGCAACACACAAGGCUCCUAUCUGAUCAGAGAGAGUGAAACCACAAAGGGUUCUUAUUCGCUGUCUGUGAGGGACUUGGACCCACAGCAAGGAGAUGUGGUGAAGCACUACAAGAUCCGCUCUUUGGAUAAUGGAGGAUAUUACAUCUCCCCUCGGAUAACCUUCAAUACCCUGCACGAGCUGGUCGAUCAUUACUCCUAUAACAUUGAUGGUCUAUGCCAGCUCCUGAAGAAACCCUGUCAGACUCACAAACCACAGAAGCCGUGGUGGCAGGAUGAAUGGGAGGUUUCCCGGGAGUCUCUGAAGCUGGUGCAGAAGCUGGGAGCAGGGCAGUUCGGAGAGGUAUGGAUGGGUUAUUAUAAUGACUACACCAAAGUUGCCAUUAAAUGUCUGAAGACUGGCAGCAUGUCACCUGAAUCCUUCCUUGCGGAAGCCAAUCUGAUGAAGACUUUGCAACAUCAUAAACUGGUGAAGCUCAACGCAGUGGUCACUGAGGAACCAAUUUACAUCAUCACAGAGUACAUGGCAAAUGGUAGUUUAGUUGAUUUUCUGAAGACAUCUUUAGGAUCAAGGCUCAACAUAUAUAAGCUGAUCGACAUGGCGGCACAGAUUGCUGAGGGAAUGGCUUUUAUUGAACAAAAGAACUACAUCCACCGGGAUCUUCGUGCAGCCAAUAUCCUGGUUUCUGAGGACCUUUGCUGCAAGAUUGCAGACUUUGGACUUGCGCGACUCAUCGAGGACAAUGAGUACACAGCAAGAGAGGGUGCUAAAUUCCCCAUCAAAUGGACAGCGCCAGAAGCCAUCAACUAUGGCACAUUCACCAUCAAGUCUGAUGUCUGGAGCUUUGGAAUUCUCCUUACGGAGAUUGUAACAUACGGGCGGAUACCGUAUCCAGGAAUGACCAAUCAGGAUGUAAUUCAGAAUUUGGAACGGGGCUAUCGAAUGCCGGCGCCUGAAAACUGUACUGAAGAACUCUAUGAAGUUAUGAUGCGAUGCUGGAGAGAAAAGCCCGAGGAUCGGCCAACAUUUGAAUAUCUCCAAAGCGUACUGGAGGACUUCUUUACUGCCACUGAAGCUCAGUACCAGCAACAACCUUAACAAGGAGCACGCAUUCCAAUAGUGAAACGGAGGACUUGGAUUUUUGUGAUGCCUUCCGCACACUUUACAAAUAUCUCAAAGUGCUGUACAACCAAGUAAAUACUUUUGAAAUGUUGCAAAAUAGGAAGUGUGGCAGCUAAUUAGUGCACAGCAAGCUCCCACAAACAACAAUGUGAUAAUGACCAGAUAAUCUGUUUAGUGAUGUUGAACAAUGUAUAAGUAUUGGCCAAGACAUUGUGGAGAACUCUGCUCUUCAAAAUAAUGUCCUGGGCACAUCCCAUGUGUCAGCCUAGGUCCUUCCGCUUAUGCCUCUGGGAAUUCUUCAGGAUGCUCUGGUUCACUUCUCAAUCACCCCCCUCCCCUCCCAGAUACUCCUCCCCCCUCCCCACGCACCAGAGGAGAUGCAACACCUGUCUUCUUGUCUCCUCUCACUGAGUGACCCACAAGAAGCAGGGAUAUAUUCACAAUCCCAGUUCUGCAGACUGUAUUCAGUGUUUGCAACUUUAGUUUGGGGAGACAAAACGCAGGAUGGGUGACCACUUCGCAGAACAUCUCUGGAAAAUGUUUUGCUUUUGCAUUACUAUGGCGUGAGGAUCUGUUGCUAUUCCUUUCAAUUUCCCACAUACACUUGGAACAGAUGAAUGUUUCUCCCACUAAGAUACAAGCCAGAAAUUUCCAUGGAAAAAUCUUCUACUUCAACAGAUAACCCCUGGGAGGUUUAGUGGAUUUCUGCCACAGUGCUUGCAAGAUGUGCUCUGUAGAAAAUCCUGGCCAUGAUCAGAUUGAAUCACACCAACUUUGACCUUUUUCUUUUUGUUUUCUUGGGGUUCCAUUGCAAUUUUUAAUAUCUCAAUAUCCAUUGCAAAAUUCAAACUCCUUCAUAAGUGGAUGAAACAUCCAUGUUUACAGUGCACACUGGUGAACAUGAAUCUCUUCCUAAAGAUUAUCCUGGGAGUUAAUGGUUUGUUCCUAGAUAUCUGGCACCAAAUGUUUGACUUGUGUUCCAACAUGAUGUAGUAUUCACCAUAGUGGAAUAGUUUAGGGGUUCAUCUACUCCUCUUUUGCUGCGGGCUGUUUUACUCAUCGUAUCGUCGGAGGGAGGUUUUUCACCCAGGGAGUGGUUGGUGCAUGGAAUGCGCUGCCUGGGGUGGUGGUGGAGGCUGAUACUUUAGUCAAGUUCAAGAGAUUGUUUGAUGAGCAUAUGGAGGAAUUUAAGAUAGAGGGAUAUGUGGGAGGAAUGGGGUUAGAUAGUCUUAGGAGUGGUUUGAAGGUUGGCACAAGAUGGUGGGCUGAAGGGCCUGUAUUGUGCUGUAUUGUUCUAUGGUUCUAUGGUAUCCGCAGCAAAUAAAGACAGCGAUUUGCGGUUCUUCCCAUUUCCCAACUCUUGGGCAGGGUCUCUUUGAACUACAUCAAAUCCGGGUGCUUUUUUCAAUAUAAAGAAGAAUUCUACUUCAACUACACUUUCAGGUAGUGAGAUCCAAAUCUCAACAUUCAAGGGGAGAAUAUAUUCUCUCUCCAUUUCCCCUCUAAUUCUUCCUGCUGUAGAUCAUUGAAAGUUAACAUGUAGAUAUGGUGAGCAAAUGUGCAGGCAAAUGGUAUGUUGGCCUUUACUGCAAGAGGACUUGAGCACAACAGCCGAGACAUCUUGCUACACCUUUAUAGGGCCAUGGUGAGACUGCAUCUGGAAUAUUGUGUACAAGUUGCAGUGUUGACUUAAGAGUAGGUUAUGUUUCCACUGGAUCGGCUGUAUGGAACCAGGGGUCACAGUUUCAAAAUCAAGGUCAGACAUUCAGGGCUGAAGUGAGAAGAACAUUCUUCACCCAGAGAGCAGUUAAACUUUAAAAUUCUCUACCCAGGAGGAUUUUGGUGGCCCAGUCACUGAGUGUGUUCAAGGCAAUGGGUUUUUAGAUAUCAAGAGAAUCAAGGGAUAUGGGGUUAAUGCAGACAUGUGGCACUGAUUAACCACGAUCUUAUUGAAUGGUGAAGCAGCACAAAGGGCCAAAUAUUCUACUCCUGCUACUUUUUCUUACGGUCAGAAGUUAAAAAUAGAUCUUUCCUCCUCUUGAUCUCAAUUAAUUCUCCCCUUCGUCUUCAACCUUCU